AUGUUCUGCGGUGGCACGGUAAACAUGGACAUGCUCAACCUGGUGUUCGUCAAGGGCAUGGAGGAGGCCACCAAGUUCUUGCCCACCACCACCAACAGCCUCCUCCUCAUGCCCAUCUCCUCCGGGUUCGGCAGCGGUGACCAUGACAACAAGUUGUGGCGUGCCCGCCAACCAAAGAAGAUGGGGAAGCCGCAGGUGGAUGGAAAUGGAAUGUCGUUACUGUUGCUCCAACAGAGUGCUAACAAUGGCAGCAGGGGCCGCAAGAACAACAGGCAUGCCGAUUGGGGUGAUGACCUGGAGGAGGAAGCCGAGACAGGCAGGAGGAGCUGCAAGCUGAUGGCGGCUGAAACAGAGGAAAGCGAGAUGGUGGACGAGUUCGUCCAGAGCGGGUACCAGACGCUACACGAGCAGAUGAUGGCCAUGACCCUCAACGCCGACGACGGCAGCAGGGACGCCGACAAAAAGAGCUCCACCAGCAGGAAGGGGAAAGGGAGCGCCAACGAGGCCGUGGACCUGCGCACCUUGCUGAUCGACUGCGCGCAGGCCGUGGCCGGCGGCGACCGUCCCAGCGCCACCGACCUGCUGAGCAGGAUCAGGGAGCGCUCCUCGCCGAGGGGAGACGCCACGCAGAGGCUAGCGCACUGUUUCGCCAAGGGGCUGGAGGCGCGGCUCGCCGGCACGGGGAGCCAGGUGUACGGGUCGCCGCUCAUGGCGAAGCACGCCUCCGCGGUGGAGCUCCCCAAGGCCUACCAGCUCUACCUGGCGGCGUGCUGCUUCACGGCCAUGGCGUUCAAGUUCUCAAACCUGGCCAUCUGCAAGGCCAUCGUCGGGAGGAAGAAGGUGCACAUCGUGGACUACGGCGACCAUUACGGGUUCCAGUGGCCGACGUUGCUGGGCUACUGGGCUAACCGGGAGGGCGGGCCGCCCGAGACCGCCAUUGACCUCCCUCAGCCCGGGUUCCACAGCAUCGCGGCGGCAAAGUGGGAGACUGUUUGCGUCGAUGACCUCAACAUUAAGCACGACGAGGUGCUCGUCGUCAAUGGCUUGUUCCAUUUCGGUAAGCUGAUGGAUGAGGGCCCUGACAUAGAUAGCUUGAGCCCUAGGGAUAUGGACCUCGGCAACAUCCGGAAGAUGCGGCCGGACGUGUUCAUCCUCUGCAUCGAGAACAGCUCCUACAACGCGCCCUUCUUCGUGACACGGUUCAGGGAGGCGCUGUUCUUUUACUCUGCACUGUUUGACAUGAUGGAUGCGCUGGUGCCACGGGACAGCGACGAGCGCGUGUUGGUUGAGCAGGAGUUGUUUGGACACUGCGCCUUGAACGCCACUGCUUGCGAGGGCUCUGAUAGAGUGGAGCGCCCUGAGACGUAUAGGCAUGUAGUGGCAGGUGCGGAAUGA